ACGAAGUAGUUCAAAUGCCUCUGCCAUGUUCGAUCGAUUUCCAGACCGAGACAAGCGCCGCAGCCCGCAGCAGAAGGCUCGCGACAUCAGCUCGAGCCAGCUGACGGGAUCCACACGGUGCCAUGUCUUCCCGGCGGCCGUCGCAUCCGUCCCACCGGAAUCCACGGCGAUUCCCGUCCGCCUGCUAUCUUCUAGUACUCACCCUUGCCCUCCUCGUCGUCUCCGCCGCCGCCAAGUCCUCCCGCCGCCCCAUCUCCGACAACGAGAUCCGGCAGAAGAAGGAGGCCUGCUACACCGACGUCGAGAACGGGCUGUGGGGAUGGGUGUGCAGGUACUCGCCGACGGAGAAGGAGAACUGCGUGCUGCGCUGCCUCUCGCCGGAGUGCUACGACCUCAUAUACGGCGGGGAUCCGCUUGAGGAAGGGGAGUUGGACUAUGUUCGAAGCCAGGAGUACAAGUAUUGUAUGCACAAAUCAUCCCUUGGAGAAAGCUUGGAUGGUGUGAAGGGAUCCUUCAGCUACUCAUGAAGGAAUGAGAAGAAAAAGGUUCUGUUAGUCUGCUGUAAAUUUUAUUUACAAUCUUGAACAGACAUGCAUCUUUUUAGAUAAUGGAAUUGUAAUUCCAGACUUUGCUUUUUCUCAAAGCAUCACCGGUGCAUCAUCUUAUAUUAAACUUACAAAUGCAAAUUAAACAUUGGAUUC